AUGCCGCCCCUGCCACUUGACGAGUUUAAGAUCGUCUACCGCCCGCAAGCAGGUCUCGACCUCGCCAAAUGGAAUACCGUCACAGUCGUGCACGCCAUCGGUAGAGCGAGUGGACUAUCACAGCAGGACUUCAAUGACAAACCCUAUCCAAGCUUACUAGAAAUACUAGCCCUUGUAAAGACAGGAUCCAACCUACCGCAGCAGGCCACCGAGGCUCUCCUCCGUUACUACAAUGAGUGCUGGGAGAAAGGAGAACUGCCUGCUGUGUGGAAACACUCGGACAUCACCGUGAUCCUCAAGGCCAACAAACCUCUCAGCUUGGAGAACCCACGCCCGAUCUUCCUCAUCUCGUGCGCGGGAAAACUCUUCGAACAUAUGGUGCACGACCGCAUUACCCAGUACCUGGAAGACAACGACCACCUACCAGACACCAUGUUCGGCUUCAGGCAGCGCCUCUCAACGCAGGAUUUCGCGCUCUACUGCUACUGUCGGGCGACGUUGAAACAAAUCCGGGACCACCUAAUUUUGAUGCUGUUUUGA